AAUGAAAACUAUAAAGAAUCAUAGAAAUAGAUCAAUAACACUACAUUUGGAUGGAAUACCUUUUGAUUUUACAAGCUUUGAUGAUACUAAUUUAGUACCUGGAUUUUGUAAAGCAUUGCUACGUGGUACAGAAAAAUCAAGUAAACCAACAAAAUUAACAGACUGUUUUGUAUAUGGAGAUUCAAAUAAGCUACAAUCUGACUUAGGAUGGUCAGAUACAACUGUUUUUAGACCAUAUAGCAUUGACAUUUCAGGGUGUCACACUCUUGAUAUAACAAAAGUUGUGUGCAUUGAAGCAGCAAGUAAUUAUUCUAGGAUCAUGGAGAAAAUGUCUAGGAUUGUUCCUAUUAAAUCAGUCUGA